UUGGUAUAUGGCGUUCUUUGAUAGGACACAAGUACCACACUUACAAUAGACUCUAUGCGUCAUUUUUGUGUUGUGCCCUCCAAUGCGUUUGUAAUACGGUACUACUGUUUUGAAAGCAGAAAUAAGUACUGGUACUCCGUUCGUGGUGUCCAGUUGAGUGGAGUGGUCAUUCCUGGCAUGCUAACUCUCUAGCUCAUCACGACGAUAGUGUGUCCCAGUGAAAAGGGAAAUACGGAAAGACUUCAUAACUAUAUACACUGAUCAGAGAAUACCCGAAUAUGUUACCCAGGCGAGUGAACUAUGGGGAUUUCCUACUCCUUGGACUCGCAGCCCUGAGCUUCGGCCCCAAACUUUCGGCUGGUCAAGGCGACAAUGCUCCUGCCUGUAUCAACGGUGACCUUCAAUGCCCCAUCAGCAAAGCGUGUUACCCCCCUCAAGCAGUAUGUGACUCUUAUGACGAUUGUGGUACUGGUUUCGAUGAAAUCGAAUGCCUAGAAUUAGAUGAAUGCAAUGAAACAAUAUAUGCCCCGUUUGAUAGCGACUGCAGUGCCGAAAGGAGUAACGGGACUUUCGAUUCAAGGGGCCUAGACUUCAGUUUCAACGGGGAGUUUUUCUUCGGCAUACCACCCUUUGAAUCCGAGUCUCCAGUUUGGAUUGACAGAGUGUAUCUUAAUUGGGGAAGGAACCGAAGCCCUGGCCAUCUACCAUUUUGACAGAACAAGGAUUUUUCAUGCUAAGGAUAUCAUCCAUCUCUGCCGUCGGUAAUGUCACCGAUUUAACAGUUGUUCCACUCCAACUGACAGCAAAUGAAUCUCUUAGUGAAGUUGUGAAGAAGCUACGUGAGCCCUUGGAAAUUGACCAAUCUGGAAUUGGCAGCAUACAGGUCAAUCUCAGUUUCGUGAGGGAUGCAGAACCAAGCGAUGAAUCUCCUUAUACUGCUCCCGAGUUCCUCGAAUUUGGCACUGUAGAAGUAGAAUUCGUCAGAUAUUUGGAUGGAUGCCCCGGUAUACCAUGCCUAAUGGCAGCAUGGCCCUACCUGAGAAGGAACGGUGCUACGCCGUGUCUGCCUCUCGAAAGGAGGCUAUUUGUGUCAUCUCUGUAUGGAAGAUGCAUUUCUUCGCCAGAAAUAGCUCCAUCUCUGAAAACCAAACUGGUUAUCCAGGCGAGAACAUCUUCAUCUCCUGCGAUGCCAGAGGGAAACCACAACCUGUGGUCUCCUUGUUACCGGUCGUAGAUCCAGAGUCGACGGCUGAAGUGGGUCUAUCACCAUCAGCCAGUCAACUAGUCCCAUUAUCAAACGGAACCGACAUUACAUUUACCUGUACUGCUGAAAACCUUGCUGGUACAGCCACUUCAACGGUACAAGUAACAGCACUAGAUUACCGAUGUCCUGGUUUAGCUGAUGCCAUUGUGGACUUCCAGCAGAACCAGCUGGCGGAAUGUCCAUCCGUUCUUCAAUUACCGGUUGAUGGGGAUAUUUUCCAGUCUUUUUUUUCACUCAACGUCCUUCAAGACGGCAUCUUGCAGUUCUUGCCCCUGGUGUUGUUCAUGCCUAACCCAAAUCUCCAGGUUCCUUCCGUCAUUACGUUCCGGAUUACGAUCACAACCGAGCCGGUAAUAGUAGCAGUGCCCUCGCGUAGAAGACGUGACCUCUUCAAGAUUCUGUACGAAAGAGAUUAUCGCAACGUCACUCUCGACAAUGGUGCCAUCACUGUAGAAUUCUCACCGCCUGUCUUCGUUUCGCAGUCCACACCUCUUUAUAUCAACCUGCUCACUAUAGAUAACACACCUCUGAAUCUUCCAUUUAACGAAGGAUUGCAAGGACCGCUCUCAUACCUCCAGUGUCCUCUGUCGCCUCCAUUGAACCCUACUGACAAUGCGUCGUGCUACGAUCAGCUGGAUAUAUGGGCCGCCAUGGAGGAAGAGUUCGUCGGGUUGGGGUGUGCAGAAGAUGCUUCUUUAUCAUUCCGCACCUCCGAAGCAUGCCUACGUAUUGGUGAUGCCCAGCCUGUGGUCACCAAUGAAGUGUCCGUUCCCCUUCUGCAGUUUUUCAAAAACUACGAUAUUCCCUGUCCAAUAGAGGGCGCUGUACGUCGCCAAUGGUUGCGCAUGUCCAGUCGUGGAUUGAGAACCCCCUACGAAUCCCCGUCGCCGUUUUUACGCUUCCAACCGUUCACCGCUGGUGACAUGGGUUAUUACCUCUGCGAGGGGUAUGGUGGCGGGGCUUACCGCGAUGAGACAGUCACAACCGUUCCUGUUCUCCUGACUGUUGAGGGAGUGGCAACGAUUGCCUUUUCAGUGACGUUCGAUAUCGACUAUAUUGACUUUGAGAACUCUGAAAUGUUUUCUGAGAUUGCUCCCAUGUUCAGAGGCCCAUUACAGGAGGCCUUUUUUAAUGACGACGGCGGUCUGAUAUCCAGGUCCUUGCUCGAUAACAUAGAGAGCAACGAGUUCCCCACCAUCGUUAACACACGCAACGGCAGCACGGUCGUCGACUACGUCAUCAACUUCAACAGCAGCAUGUGGAACGACAGCGUGAAUACGAUUGUGAACGCAACUACAUCCCUCCUCGAGUUUUCCCUUGCCCUGCCCUUUGGAGACGGUCAAAGCAGUAGCUCAUCCAUCGUACCGGGUAGCAUCGUCGUGAGCAGUGCAUCAUCCUGCCUGGAAUCGGUAGUCACGGGUACCUUUGGAACCCUGAACUUUCCCGCUACACAUCUGGACCAGACCGCUGACAGCCAAGAACGGUGUAGUGAAUACAGUAACAACACCCCCCUACCCAGAGCUAGACGGACAUGUCGUGGGGAUCUCUUGUCGGCAGCUGUCUGGGACGAUCCCGUGUUCCUAGAUUGCUUUGUGGGAGAAGAUACUAAUGAGGUUUUAGACAACAUUGCUAGGGCAGUUGUGACGCCAGAGAAUGUGACCGAAUAUUCUUACGACGUUGCUGAAGCGACCGCAAAUGUCGCCGAUAUCAACGCGGAAGGUCUCCGAGCCAUCUCCGAUGCUCUGGAGAAAAUUGUCAACGUCGGGAACUCAUCGACAGAGGUCACCAACAAUACCCUCCGGAUCGUCGACAACGCUCUCAGUUCUCCCGAAGAGGAGUUCGUUAACGCCGUCGACUUCGAAGCUCCGACGAGGAUUCUCGACUUCUUGGAGCAACAGAUCACCAUCUUCCAGACCCAGGGCGACGGCAACAACCUCACCAUCAUCGGAAGGAGCGUAGCUGUGGUGGCCCUCCAGCUUCCGAAGGCCAGUCUGAUGGAAGGUUUAGGGUUCGCUACCCUGUCAUCGCCGGACAGUGAAGAGAAAAGUGACGUGCUCAACGAGCUGAAUGAAAAUAAAACGAUGGUGUACUUCAAUCCGGAUAACAUUCCGAAGACAACAAUCGAUGCAUCCAUUGUUUUGCCACCAGAUAUUCUUGAACUGUUGCCUCCAUAUUUAUUAGAAAAUGGAACUGUUCCAGUGACUUUCUUCAUAUUCCAGACCAGUAAGCUCUUCUUAAGUCCAGACCAAGAAUACGAUCUCGGCGGUGGUCGUCGACUAACGGUCGGCACCCGGGUCAUAUCAGCGACCGUGGAGGGUGCGGUCAUUCAAGGUUUGCCGCAGGGUGGUGAAGUGGAGACAGCCUUCCUUGAACUGAAUGUGACUCGAGACAGUGAGGCGGUGGAUAACAGGACGUGUGUGUUCUGGGAUAAGAUUGAUCAAGGAGGCCGAUGGUCGUCAAAAGGAUGUCGACGAGAAGACAACCCCGACAUCAAUAGGAUACGAUGUCUUUGUGAUCACCUGACAAGCUUUGCCGUUUUACUGGAUGUAUCUGGAGAUGUGGGCCUCUACGCUUUAGAUGUGUUGGGUAUGAUCGGCUGUAUCAUCUCCAUCAUAUGCCUCCUGAUUACACUUGUUACCUAUCUGAGCAUGAAAAAACUACGCUCGAAGCAACCUCAGCGGAUCCUGAUCAACCUUUGCUUCGCGCUCCUCGGGCUCUAUCUCGUGUUCGUCAUCGGUAUCGACCGCCGUUACCCGACCGCGGGUUGCGUGGUGGUCGGUUUUCUCAUCCAUUUCUUUCUGCUGUCGUCGAUGUCGUGGAUGUUGGUGGAAGCUAUCAAUAUGUACCUCCUCUUUGUCAAGGUCUUAGACGCCACAGUGUCUCAUUUUAUGGUCAAGGCCGCGAUUUUUGCUUAUGGUUUACCUCUUCUCGUGUGUAUCGUAACAGUAGCAGUCGAUAGCUCCCUCUACUUGGGAGACGGGACCUACUGCUUUGUGAAACCGGGUCCAGCCCUGUAUUACGGCGUCUUACUCAUCGUCGCUCUCUUACUUGCCGCCAACUUCAUCAUCUUUGGUAUCGUCAUGCAACGCUUGUCAUGCCGCAAGUCCGUCGCUGCCCACAAGACCAACCAAGCCAGCCGCGGUGAGAUGUGGCGACGGGUCCAGAACGCCGUCGCCAUCUCUGUCUUGCUCGGUCUGACAUGGUUGUUCGGUUUCCUCGCCAUCGGUGGUGCCCGACUUGUCUUCAACAUCCUCUUCCUCGUGUUAAACUCCCUCCAGGGGUUCUUUGUCUUCCUCAUGUUCUGCGUCCGGCAGAAGGAGGUCCGUGAGCAGUGGGUGCGAUGGAUGCACUGCCACUUCGCUGAGGUCAAGCCCGGUCAGCGUCGCAGCGACGAUUUCGUCAAGGCUAAGUACAAGAAGACUGGGUCGCAGGAUGGUCGGACGUCCUUGGCGACGUCGAGCAGUCAGGGUAUUCAACUGUCAAGUGGAGCGACAGUCAGCACAAAUACUACAUAGUGACUUCCAGGAUAUGAAUAAAUUUAGCAUGAAUAGCUUGCUAGACCAGCUGGCCAGUGAAAAACAUAAGAAUAAAAAUGGCAUUGAUAGUAGUACCCUUAUAUGAUCUUUUUAAAUUCCAUAAUUAUAUUAUUAGUGAAUAAUAUGAAUUAAUUAUACAAUGUCUCAUAUCGAGAGCGAAACAUAAUGUACAGUUAAAAAACGUAAGCAAUAUUUAUUCCUAUAUUUUUGUCAGGCCUAUUAUUCAGCCAUAAGAUUCAAAAGAAUCUAAAGGCUUACAUGAACGUUAAAGGGAUAGUUGAGUUCUGUUGCAGAGGGCGCUACACAAAAUAUAUUUUUGGUGAGAUAAUGAAAAACCGAGUGUCAAAUUUGAAAGAACAUAA